AUGGCGAUUGCGGUGUCUCAAAUCAGAAAGGUCGCCGCGGCGGUAGCGGACGAGCAAUGGGGCGACGACCCGCCGCCGCUGAAUUCCUACUUACCUCCUUACGCCCCGCCUCCCACUCCCGCGCUAACGUCCAAAUCGGUAUUUUCUCCCAGUAUACCGCAACGAAGCUUCCCACCUCCGUUAAUGUCGGAACUCGCGUUCUCUCCUCGCUCCCGUAACUCCGACGGCUUCCCUCCGGCGUUCCUCGAAACGCAGUCAACCGCGGCGAGCUCCGUCAAGACCGCUCCAAACUCCGAAGAAGCGCAAUCGGAGCGCCCGCUUCUCCUUCUGCGGCCAGACCCUAACGACGCUGAGCAGAUGAACGAGGACCGGCAGCUAUGCGACAAGGUGCGAGCAAUGCAGCUCCAGCGAUUCCUCGACGACUGCCUUGCGAGCGCCGUCGCGUCGCAGACGCCAAUCGUCGGUGGCGUUUCACACCCCGCUCCGCUUCUUCCGGGUCUCCCUCCCGUUGCCUUCAGCACGUCCAGCUGUAACAGCGAGCCGUCGGAUGGCAGCCGCGUGUCGCUCCAAUCGCCGUCGCUGUCGCACGCUCCGUCGCACGCGCCGUCGCAUGCGCCGUCGCAGUCGCACUCGCAAGCGUCGUCCAGGGAGAAGCAGAAGCAGGGUGGCGGUUCCUGGCCGGUGUCGCCACGUCACGCGCACGGCGAGUCGCUCAUGGAUCAGGUCGACGAAGAUUGGAUUCGAGCGCAGGCCGCAAAACAAGCGCGCGCGUCUUCCGCCACUGCAGAUGACGACAAAGAGUAUGCUGCUGGUGGGGGGGAUGGUACUUGUGGGGAAGCCGAAGCGAAUGGAACGACUAAAGAGAAAGAGGAGAGCAUAGCAGGUCAGUCGACGUGUCAAAAGAAGGAAGUUUCCGGGAAUCUCGUGCACGAGAGGCCCAACCAUGGUAGCCGCGCGAGCAGCGUGAGUAGCGGAGGAGUCGGCGCUAUAGACUGGGUAGCAGGCAGCAGCGUGAACGCGUCUAGUAACAAGUCUUCCCCCGAACUUCCCGCGGAUGACUCCCCGCAUCCCGCCAUUCCCCCCUCCGCCCCCGCCUCCGCCCUCCAUCGCGAAAAGCCCUCCGCUCCCCCCGCGUUCGCCUUCCCCCAGGCGCAGCCUCCCCCAGGACUCGCCGCUGGUGACUUAAAACCGCUCCGCCCACCCCCCGGCGCGUAUAGGAGGUCGAUGUCGAUGGCUGACGUGGACAAGGGCGCGUACAAGCGGUCGAUGUCGAUGGCUGACGUGGACAUGGGGAAGAGCCACGUGUCAAGCGCUAGGGUAGCUGAGCGGCAAAGCUCGCUGAAAAUGUCGUCGUCGGUUGAAUUUCCAGCCCUGAGGCGAUUCGCAGGCGUCGCAGGCGACGUAGGCGACGUCGCGAGGCCCGAAGACGUGAUUUGGAAGAAUCUUAUCGCGUCCGCUCAGGUUCACAACCGCGAGCUUUCGGGGCUACGCGAGGCGUCUUGUAACGCGAACGAGCGAGUCAGAAGCGGCAACAGCGAGUGUGACAGUAGCGAAGGUCUGGGCUCGUCGAGCGUGAAACGGAAACCGGUUACGGUGCUCGAAGGUUUAAAGGAGGUGGAGGAAGAGGGAAAUGCGCUCCAGGUGACACCCCGAGAGGAAGCUUCGCGCGAGAUAACGCCUCGACCUUCCACUGCUCGAGAGGAAACUUCGCGAGAAGUUACGCCUCGUCCCUCUACUGCUGCUACUGACGUCGCCUCUACCCCUAGAACUGACGUUCCUUGGACUCCCACCUUUGAACGAGACGGGUCCAUGCCGCCUUCCACGCCGCAAUCGGCGGCGGAGGCCGCGGCGGAGAGGGCCGCGCGGAAGGCGGCGCAGGGGUCGUGCAUUCUGCCGAAAGUGGCGCAGUCCCCGCGGCGGCGCAACAGCGGGCUGUUCCGCAAGCAGGGCUCCGGAAGGCUUGAUGGGCCGCAGAGACAGGGGUCGGGGAGGGGGCUGGAUGGGGCGCAGAGGCAGGGGUCGGGGAGGGGGCUUGCGGGGCUGGCUUCCGCGGCAGCGGGCGCAGCAGCGGGGGCAGGCGCGGGGGCGGGUAGGCGGAGCAUGUCGCGCAUGUCUUCCGUUAAGAAAUGGCGGGUGCUAAACGCGCUGGUUAAGCAGAUGAACGUAGACGAUGCGGAGAACGAGACUGCUGACGACGGGAACGGCGGCGGCGGUGGCGGGGGCGGGUUUGCAGCGACUGAAACGCACUCCGGGGCGAUAAAGUCCGAGUCCGAUAAGAGCGGGUGGGGCGCGCCGAGCUUCUCGGGAAUGAGCGUUGGGGGGGAUACGGAGGGCGGAGGGGGCGGGCAGACGGAGGAAUUCAGCGCCCCCUGGAGUUUCGGCAGUAUGGGGGAUGUAGAGCGGUUCAAUAGCACUACAGGGGGUGGAUUCGCGGAUUAUAGCGUGGCGGCUGCGAGCGUGUGCCAGGUGUCCCCCGCAAUUUUCGAGGCGCACUUGCAUUUGGCAGAGACAAUGGCACGUGAGGAGAUGGAGCGGCAGCAGCGGCAGGAGGGGCGGCAUGGCAAGGGGCCUAGAACGCCGAGAACGCCCAGAACGCCGAGGGGCAUGGGAUUCCGCAGCAGCUCGCGCAGCAGCUCCCGCCGUCACCAAAAGAGCUCCUGGGACCCACACCACGUGUCAGUGCGGGCAGCCAAGGUCAAGCGAGCCAUCGGCCACGUGUUUCGCAAAAUCACCGCCAAGCCAUUGGGUUUCCUGCGCAAGUUCAAUCCCGCGUGCCGGGCUCCAUGA